GUUCUUUUUGGCUUGAAUUCGAAUUACUCGUUGAUAAUUCAAAUGGAAUGGAAACGUAUUAUUGCAAACAUUGUAAUACUAAAUAUGCCAAAAAUGCCUCAAGACUUCAAAGUCAUCUUGAAAAAUGUAUUAGUUACCAAAAAAAGUUAAUCGAGUAUGAAUUAAUAAAUACUUUAUCAAGUGAUAAUAGUACAAAAAAACGGCGUAUUCAAGAUGAGUUAGAUUAUAAAUAUAGUGAAAGUGAUCAAAAAGCAUUGGAAAAUUUAUUGGCACGGGCUUUUUGUUCAGCUGGAAUGUCAUUUAAUGUCAUUGAAAAUGAAGAUAUUAAAGCUGUAUUUCAAAAAGAUAUUCCAUGGUUUAAGGUUCCAUCACGAUAUUGUUUAUCAAAUACACUUUUAAAUCAAGAACAUGUGAGAAUUAAACAGCUUGUUGAAAGCAUUUUAAAUGAAUCCGAAUAUCUUUGUAUUACAAGUGAUGGAUGGUCUAACAUUCAUCGAUUGCCAUGGGCAUGUCAAAUCGUACGAUCUAUGAAAGAAAUUCUUAAUUAUGUUCGAAAUUAUCAAAUAAGCUUGGCAACACUACGUCGGCUUCAAAUGGAAGUUUAUAAUAAACAUAUAUCAUUAUUACUUCCUGGAGAUACUCGAUGGAGAUCUGUAUUUUAUUCAGCAAGUAAUUUUUUAGAGACUAAAACAGCAAUUCCAAGAAUGACUUUAGAAGAUAAUAUUAAAAUAUCUGAUGAAAUUAAAAAUAAAAUUUUAUCAGAUAAUUUUUGGCUUAAUCUUAAAAUUCUUUGUAAUUUUCUUUCGCCUUUUGCUAUUUUUUUAAAAAAAUUGCAAAAUGAUCAACCUACACUUUCAACAGUUUAUUCAGAAUUAUUAAUUAUAUUAUCAUAUAAACUUGAUCCUCAAUAUCAAGGUAAAACUUUAAAUCCAAAAAAAUGGGAUUCAAUUAUUGAAGAUGAAUUAAUACGGUUAGUACCAAGCCAAGAUCAAGAAAAUAUAUUAAGCGAAUAUGCAGAAUAU